AUGAGAGCCUCCUGGCUGGGUUGGUCCCUUAUCUCUCUAUUGGCCGUCCCAACACUGUCCGCACCUUCGGACGGGGAAUCGCCCAAUAGCAACCGACUGGAGAAAAGAACCAGCAAAGGACUUGAUCCUGAAGAACCCUCUGUGUUUAAUGGACUUGAUGUGCCCCCGUUGUUCCAACUGACCCAGGAGAAUUUUGAAGAGACCACCAAAGAUGGCAUCUGGAUGAUCAAACACUACUCCCCAGCCUGCGCCCACUGCAGAAAGGCUGCGCCAUACUACCAAACAACCUACGAAUAUUAUUACACCUCGAACCCCAUUACACCAUCAUCUGGAAAGACCCCGGACCCUAAAUCUAUCAACUCUUUUACUCAGUACUACAACUUCCAUUUCGCAUCCAUGAACUGUCUCACCGACGGCGACCUUUGCGAGAAAUUCGGCAUCGGAGCAUACCCAACCUUUGGUUUUUACGAGAAUGGUGUGCAAAGGGACGUAUAUGUCGGCGCGAAGAAAAUUGAGGAUUUGAGCAAGCUCAUUGAAGAAAGGCUCGAGGCGGCAAAGCCUGGAUCUCGUCCUCCGCAGGGCAUUAAAUUACCGGAGGUUGGCGCAUCCGGCGUGGACUCAACUGCGGAGCCCGAUUCGCCGGUUUCAAAGGACAAGGAUCCGGAGGCUGGAGUAAAGGCUGGUGAGAAGCAGAAUGAACUAGCCUCUCAGGAAGUGUCCGCAUCAUCUGUUAAUAUCAAAUCGGAGGACACCAAUGUCGUCAAGACCAAGCCGAAAAGUGCACCUGCCAACCCCCAGGGUCUUUCUGUGCCCCUGACCGCCGAGAGCUUCCAAAAGCUCGUGACUACUACGCAGGACUCUUGGUUCAUCAAAUUCUAUGCGCCCUGGUGCCCCCAUUGUCAGGCUAUGGCCCCCAACUGGCAGGAGAUGGCAAAGGAAAUGAAAGACACUCUGAAUGUGGGUGAAGUGAACUGUGAUGUUGAAUCCCGUCUUUGUGAAGAUGCACGAGUCAACGCCUUCCCAACUAUCUACUUCUUCCGCGGUGGACAGCGAGUCGAGUACACUGGUCUCCGUGGCUUAGGCGACCUGCUCUCGUUCACGAACAAGGCUAUCGGCCCUUACUCUGAGAUUGAAGAUGUGGAUGCAGCCACCUUCAAGGAGCUGGAGGAGACCGAAGAGGUCCUGUUCUUGUACUUCUAUGACCUCGCUACCACAUCGGAGGACUUUGCAGCCAUGGAUCGUCUGACUCUUAGUCUUGUCGGUCACGCUCGUAUUGUCAAGACCAGCAGCGCUGCUUUGGCGGAGCGAUUCAAGAUCUCCACCUGGCCCCGCCUCUUGGUGGUUCGCGAUGGUCGUCCUAAUUACUACAAUGCUCUUGCACCCAAGGACAUGAGAGACUUCCGGCAAGUCCUGUCCUGGAUGCAGACUGUAUGGCUGCCGAUCGUUCCCGAACUUACAGCCUCCAAUGCCCGAGAAAUUAUGGAUGGCAAAUUCGUGGUACUCGGUAUUCUCAGCCGCCGCCGUUCUGACGAUUUUAAGCAGUCCAGACGGGAGUUGAAGGAGGCCGCUUCCGAAUGGAUGGAUAAGCAGAUUCAAUUGUUCCGACUAGAGCGAUCCGAGCUUCGUGAUGCCAAGCAAUUGCGCAUCGAAGAGGCGGAUGACCGUAAUGAUCAGCGCGCCUUACGAGCCGCCAAGAAUAUGCGUAUCACCAUCCGUGAGGACGAUAAGAAGCCCGUUCACUUUGCCUGGGUCGAUGGCGAUUUCUGGGAGCGCUGGCUCCGCACUACCUAUGGUAUCGACGUGGAGAACGGUGACCGUGUGAUCAUCAAUGACGAAGAUAACCGUCGUUACUGGGACACUGCUUCUAGUGGAGCCCCAAUCAUGGCCUCGCGUACUUCCAUUCUUGAGACCAUCCCCCUCGUCAUUGCCUCGCCUCCCAAGCUGUCCCCCAAGUCCACCAUUGGAACCCUGGAAACUUUCUUCUUCUAUACACGAUCUUUCCUGAGCAGCCAUCCUAUCCUCUUCUUCAUCUUCCUCGGGUUGACUGUGGCUGUAGCCGCUUUCUUUGGCCGUGGACGCUUCCUGCGCCGCACUGGUCUCGGUCGUGGUGGCAUUCUGGGCAAUUCCAACGGUGGCACUAGUGGUGGCUUCUUCCACCUGGAUGGGAAGGAGGGAUUCUUGAACGGAGGUUCGACCGGAAAGGUCGACUAA